AUCAGCGUCCGCCCAUGGUGUUCUCUUACUGACGUGUCGGGUUUAGUUCAGGGGAAAAACACGGGUCUGCUUUUGAUGCUGUUCCUUUAACCGCCACACACCAACAGGUAGAAAAAUGGCAGAACCCAGCAAGCAGGACAUUUCUGUUAUUUUCAAGCGACUUCGUUCCAUCCCUACGAAUAAGGUUUGCUUUGACUGCGCAGCUAAGAACCCCAGCUGGGCCAGCAUCACCUAUGGGGUUUUUGUCUGUAUAGAUUGUUCUGGGACUCACAGGUCUCUGGGAGUGCACCUUUCAUUUAUUAGGUCCACCGAGCUGGAUUUUAAUUGGUCGUGGUUCCAGCUAAGAUGUAUGCAAGUUGGAGGCAACGCCAGCGCAAUUGCAUUUUUCAGUCAACAUGGCUGCAGAGCCAAUGCCGCCAAUGCCAAGUACAACAGCCGGGCUGCACAGCUGUACAGAGAGAAGAUAAAGACUUUAGCCACACAAGCAACCAGACGCCAUGGCACUGAGCUGUGGCUGGACAGUCAGGCUCCUCUGUCUCCAACAGGCGACAAGCAGGUGGAUUUCUUCAGUCUGCAUACACAGGCUGUUCCUGAAAAUCUGAACAUGGCCAAAAUGAGUCUGAGCCCCUCCGCAUCAGAGAAGCUUUCAGAGCCAGAAAAAGAUGAAGACCGUAAUGGUAACUCAGAGGAGGGUCCCAAUGUGGAAAUGCUCAGUGUUUCACCAAAAGCAAACCCAGAGCCCUCUUCUCUUCUUAAGAAGAAGCCAGCAGGUGCCAAGAAAACACUGGCCUCAAAGAAAGGCGGUCUGGGUGCUCAGAAGGUUAGCAACCAGAGCUUCUCGGAGCUCGAGAAGAAGGCGCAGGCUGCUGACAAAAUCAGAGAGAAAGAGGAGAGCUUUGCUGGUGCCAAGAAGAACGUUACAACUGAGGAGUCCAUUGCUCCAUCCAUGCGGCUGGCCUACAAAGAUUUUGAGCAGCAGAGGAAAAUCGAAGAGCAGAAGCUGAAAGGACUAGAGGGGAAAAAGAAGGAACAGGCUGAGAGACUGGGCAUGGGUCUGGGCAUGAGGAGUGGAGUUUCUCACUCUGUGAUGUCAGACAUGCACACCAUCCAGCAGGACAAUCCAAUUGGAGCAAAGACCACCAAAGGACGGCGAUUUAUUGAUGAAGAUGACGAUGAAGGGUCCUUCAGCUCUAGGGUUCUGACUCGCUUUGAGGACCAAAGUGAAACCUCAGACAGUUUCUCUUCACGGUGGGGCGAUGGAGAUGAUGGAAGAGGCUGGAUGAAAGAGAGCAAGAAACCAGAGCCAGACUUUUUCUUGUCCUCCGCUAUAACUUCAUUUGAUGACAGGCCCACAACCAGAAGGAAACCAGAAGCAGCAGCGCUCUCGGACACGGGAGAAGCUCGGAAAAAGUUUGGAGAUGAUGUAAAAGCCAUCUCGUCUGAUAUGUACUUUGGAAAACAAGACAACUCUGAGUAUGAAGCCAAAACCCGACUGGAGAGAUUUUCUGCGAGUGCAUCCAUAAGUUCAGCCGAUCUGUUUGAUGAUCCAAAGAAGCAGACUGCGAGUUCGUACCGUCUGAGCAACGUACUCCCCAGCGCUCCCGACAUGUCGCAGCUCAAACAUGGAGUGCGCUCAGUUGCAGGAAAACUUUCAGUCAUGGCCAGCGGCGUAGUUAGCUCAAUUCAGGAUCACUACAGUUCCUAAGUGAACAUGUCGGAUUCACCGUCCAUAGGUAUCUUCUGUUUGCCAGUUAGAUGACAUUUCUAGUGGGUGCUCAUCGUGGGAGAGUUGGGAGGAAAAUAUAAAUCAAUGCUAUGAGCAAGUCUGCAGAAUGUACUUGUAUAUUGUAUAUCUAUAUCUAGUUUUUUAUUAGAUGAUGUAUAUACAUAGUCGUAGUCUUUGGGAUCAAAUCAAGAUGAGCAGAGCACAAUAUUUUUCGGUGGAAUUAUUUUCCCCCUGCAAACACCUUGAAGGAAGAUAUUUGUGUACAUACAGCUAUGAAGAAUAUUCAGCCUGCAUUAUGUUAAGUUUGCUUUGAGCUUCGGGGUUUUACAUAUAUAGAAAUGCUGUAUGUAGCAGUCUGAGGAGCUAGGAGGGCUAUCCGUUUGAUUCCUUUACCUCCGUAAGUACUUAAUUCAGUAACUCACUCAUCACGUGCACUUUGUAGUGUUGUUUUUGUGCUUUUUGUUUUUUUGUGCCCCUUCAUGCAGGGUUGAAAGUGUCCUUUCUGUCCCCAAAGUGCACUUACAUUUGCUCUUCCAAAGGCAGGACCAAAAGCUGAUUUAAAACAGAGGCCUUGGGGCAACAGAUAUACUUUUAGUAAGAGUACUGUAAGUUAUGUAAACUGAUGCGUCACUAGCACAUAAGUGUCAUUAUCCUGUGAGUCGCAAUUUGUUGUUGUUGUUGUUGUUGUUUUGGAAGUCAUGCAGAAAUGCUUAUAAAAAAGGAAUGUGAUAUGUCAAAGUUUUAAGGAGUAAAAAAACAAUUAUUAUAAGAUAUAAAUAUUUCUUUAAAACAACAAAUGAGCUUCGUAAAAGCUCCAGUUGCAUAGAAUUAGAUGCUAUGAAGAAUUCAGUCAUCAUUUUAAGAAGUAAUUUUUGUUAGAUUAUUGUUUUUUUUAAUGUUCUUGAAAUAAAUGCCUAAUCAUCUUGGUAAAUCUCUAAAUUGUACACUUAGUAUGGCCCUUGGAUCGCCUCUAUAAAACUUGAAGGAUUUCUUGAUGUGCUGAGACCUUUUAUGUAGCUUUCAGGCCUCGUUUCCACUUUAAAAGAACAAUGUGAAUGAUCCCUUUAAAACCAUCAGUUAUUUUUUUCUGUUACUUUAACUGCCAUCAUAAAAGGUUUUAACUUUAUAUAUGCUAUUGUUUCUAAACACAGUAGAACUACAGGCAGUGCUUGAGUUAGAUUUGAUAUCUGUUCAGAGUAAAGCUUGCGCUUUUGCCUUUUUUUCUGUCCUUUAUCAUUGUGCAAAGUUAAAGGGACUAAUUAAAGCCCGGACUCCGUCAUAAUAGUACAGACUAAUUUCUGAGAAGCUGGAACAUCCCAGGAGUUUGAUUUGACAUGUUCAAAUAUGAAACACUAAAGAGGUUCUUAAAUGGUCAAAUAUAUUUUUGUUUUUUGGGUUUUGUUUUUUAAUUCCCAUCAGUAAAUGCCCUAGUCCGGAGAUCUUUGAUUUACACACCUUCUUGUUGUCUCAAUCUAGGUAUCUUUUGCACAUGUGUUGGAAAUUGUGUGUAACAGCUUUUACUUGGGGGCAAAAACUAGAGUGCAACCAAGUCGGCAUAUAUGUUUUGUAAGAUUGUGUCUCUGCCGUUCUAUAUUGUUACAUGUAGGAGCUUGUAUAAGCUGCAUGGCCCUUGUAGCCCUCAAAAUAAAUAUGUCAACACAUCCUGAAUAUGAGAUGGAUUAAGAAACUUGUUUAUUAAAACUCUAGUCCGCUGUGAACUGCUACAUACAAUCUUGUAUAGGGGUUUUUCAUUAAUGAAAAAACUUACAGAUAGAUUUUGACCAUUUUUGACACUCAAAAUGUAAGUACGACUUUUGGGAAUAUGCCAAAUAAAAUAAAUAAAUGGUUUGUGCUUAAA